AUGAAGUGUAUAGUGGCAAUCGUCCUCGUCGCUGUAUUCAGCAGCGCAAAAGCAGUCGACGAUGGGAAGUACCACCCGGAGUUGUACGGCAAUGAAGGAAAAUACAAACCGGUGAUCGCCAGUCAGUAUUACGACUACUUGAACGGACGCUACAACAAUUACUACGGAAGAAACUUCUACAACCCCGUGUAUGAUCCAUUCUACUAUAACACGAUCAGACCGUACCAAGGGCUGGUUGCUCCUUUAGUGAAAAGUGACAUCCCCCAAGUUGUAGUAACUGCUCGACCCCCAAUUGUUACAAGCACCGCGGUACCCGUAGUAACGACACCUGUGAAAUACGUCCCGCUAUACGCAAAGCACCAAUACCUCGACGGAAGGAGUGCCAGAAUCGUAGCACAGGACAGUGAUUCGUCACCAAGCGGUUACCACUACAGAUUCCAGACCGAAAACGGAAUUGCCGCAGAAGAGACUGGCAGUGUUGCCACGUCCGUGAACGAAGGUACUAGAGUCAAGGGAUUUUACGAGUACGUUGGAGACGAUGGUCUUACCUACCGUGUAGAUUAUACCGCCGACGAGAAUGGGUUCCACCCCACUGGCGCUCAUUUACCCUGA